AUGGCUCCCUUGCACGAUGCCCUCCAAUGCCUCCAGCCGACGUCCUGGGAUGAGGUUCCACAAUCCCCCGAGGAACUUCGCGAAUAUGUACGUGAUAUCUUCAAGAACAGCCGACUCAUAGCAGAGUCGCUGCCAGAUCCCCCUCUAUACGACAGUGAAGAGCACCACGGUCUGGGCUUGCAGGCGGCAGACUCCGGACUACGAGUCGUCCCAUCGUCCGCUCGGGUAGGCGAGACCGAUUCGGAAAUUACAUCGAUUCAGAAGCAAUGGGGCAAACCACUAAAAAUGGGUGGCCCUAAAGACAACCCUCUUGGGUUGCACGUCUGGAAGCUUUCUCCAAGUGACGGAAAGGGCUCUUGGUUCGGGAGACGUAGUAUACACGAUGGACUUCCAUUCUCGCAGUGGCGGAAGAAGCUCUCGACGGAAUACGAGGAAACCUUGAAGGUUAACCGAAAGCGGAUCCAGAAGGGUCAAACACCGGACAAGUGCAUUCGUGGAAUCGGUGCCGAGGAAAAGAUUGAGUCCAUUGAGGUCAAAGACGAGGGUGGCUCCGUGCUAGGCCAAUUGACCGUCUACCACGUCUCGGCCCAGUUCCCCAAGCCUACUGCACCGCGUGAUUUCGUGGCUAUGAUCAUCACCUCGGAUGUUGGAUUGCAGGUUGGGGGAACAAAACAACCUGGUCGGAGCUGGAUAAUGAUCUCCAAGCCAUGUGACCACCCGGAUGCGCCGCAUAAAUAUGGAUAUACUCGAGGCGAGUAUGAGUCUAUUGAACUUAUCCGAGAGAUUCCCAAGACGGCAAGCGACGCUACCUCUACUUCCUCCGGCGUGGGCAGCUCGGAGGAGACGAAAGAAGUUGAUUCUCAAACUCCUGAUGCGCGAAAAGCCAAUGACCACAGCGAGAGCGAGGAAAUCCAUCCUGUUGAAUGGAUCAUGGUCACCAGAAGUGACCCCGGGGGCAAUAUUCCCAGGUGGAUGGUUGACAAGGGCACACCGAGGAGCAUCGGAACAGACGCAGCCAAGUUCGUCAACUGGGCCCUCGAAGUCGAGAAGCCUCAAAAUCACAACCGUGAGAAUCAUUCUGAAGUCACAUCCGCCGAGACAUCCCGAAGCCCCGAGCUCAAGUCGGGGAAUUCUUCCGACGAUCUUGAUUCAAAUGAAGGUAACCAGUUCGACUCGGACACGGACUCCACGGACGCCGAUGCUCAGUCCCACCACGGCCUGAUUGCCAGCGUGACAGGCCUGAUCAACUCUGGUCUCGAACGAUUCGCACCGCAAGCAAUUCUGGACUAUAUCCCGCAUCAUCACCAGGCAUCAGGUCAUUCACCAAAUGGUAUCAGCACUCCGGAGGCCAACAAAGAUGAACCUUCAGCUGCUCAGUCAAUAGCACCCAACUUGCCUAGCACCGAGCCGCACGCGUUGCACCCCGACCGCAUCUCCCUUUUGUCGACCCAGUCUGGAGUGAGCACUCCAAUUUUGGAUGAAAUCCCCCAGAGCAACCUCCUACCGGCGGAAUUAAUGAAAAUGACCAAAGCUGGCAAGCUCACUAGCCAUGAGAAAGAGCUCGCCAAGCUCGCAGAGCGCAAACGCGAAAUUGAUGCCAAACUCGAAACGAUCCGCUCCGAGCUUGAGAGUCUGCACCUCCCAGCGCCAAGCAGGCCAUCCACACCGUUCAGGGGCGUCCACAAUGAUGUAGACAGUGAUACGAGCGGGCUGCUUAAGCGCGCAGCGGAGAAUCGGUCUACCACGCCAGCCAGUUCGUCUGGUACUCAACAGAGCCAACAAGCCAACGGCAAUGGCAACGAGAGUGAUGCGCAGCCAUCUGAGCAGACGCAAACCCCAGAGCCGCCGGCGCAUGUCCACAAAGCCGCUUCACAUCUUUAUAAUGAGGAAGCUAAGUUGUUGAAGCAACUGCGCAAGGUCGAGAGCAGCCAACUCAAGGUGGCAGCUAAGAUUGAGGCACGGCAGCGCAAGGAAAUUGAACGCACGGAGAAGACGAAGUCGAAGUCUGAGGUUGAAACUUUGCGCCAGGAAGUAAAAGACUUGAAGAAAGAGCUCAGCAAACUGCGCUCAGACCGCCAGAAAUGGGUGGAUCUUGUCUCUUCCCUGCAGGCGGAGAAUAUGAAGUUGGCUGAAAAGGAAGAACACAGUUGA